AUGCCCGACUCAGAACCUUUCAAAGUCAUCAUAAUCGGCGGUGGGCCAACCGGUCUGGCCCUGGCACACAUGCUCCAUCUCGCAAACAUCGAUUACAGACUCUACGAUAAACGUGAGAAUAUCUGCGAGCGCCAUGGAGCGGGACUUGCUAUCCAGCCACAGAACUGCCGCAUACUGGAGCAGCUUGGCAUCCUUGAUCAGGUGUUCGAACAGAGUCUGGCGCCAGAGAUGCAGGUGCACCGCGAAGUCAGUGCUGAUGGAGCAGUGCUGGCUGAGUAUCCUUUUUUCCAGUGGCUCAAAGAGAACCAUGGCUACCCUAUGAUGCUUUUUGAACGGUGGCAGUAUAUCAAACUCUUAUACGACACGCUACCAGACUGUGAGAGCCGUGUGUUCACCGGAAAGACGCUGCAGUCGCUGUGGAUGGUUGGAAAUGGAUCAGUUCGCGUGAGGUUCACGGAUGGCUCGGAAGAAGAAGGCUCAAUCGUGAUUGGCGCUGAUGGUGUAUACAGCAAGGUCAGGGGUUGCAUCAUUCAGCACGCACCGAAGCAUGUCUUCAAGCAUAAGCCCUACAGGAUCUCUUUCAGAGCGUUGUACGGCGUUGGCACUCUUCCUGCAGGGAUGAAUCCUGGUGUGGUGCGAGAGAUUCCUCACCAAGGGUGGUGGUUUCAAAUAAUGACCCAGCCUCAACGGAUAUUCUGGAUGCUUUAUCAGUCCCUAGACCGACCAUUAGAACGACCGCUUUUCUAUGGCGAAGAAGAGGCAGAGGCUCUAGCUGCAGAACAUGCAGACUGCCCUGUUGGAGAAGGCUUGAACUUGAGACAAAUCCGGGCUUCAAAGACGUUUGAGAAGCUCGCCGUGCUGGAAGAGGGAGUUGCGGCAAAAUGGUACUGGAAGAGAAUUGUACUCGUUGGAGAUGCCGUACACAAAGUGACGCCAAAUCAAGCCCAUGGCGCUAAUAUUGGUCUCGAAUCAGCUGCCUGCCUCGUUAAUCGUCUGCGGUCUCUGUUGAACCUCAGCACAGAUCCAACUGAGACUCAGCUCGAGCAGGUCUUUGACGCAUAUCAGCACGACCGAGCACCUAUGGCAUCAGCCUAUCUCAAGCGGACCUCAUUCCAUCUGCGUGCAUUGGCAGGAGUCGGACUGAGCCCGUGGCAAAAGUUCCAGUCACAAUAUCUCUUCCCAAGGUUGGGUGCGAGGUGGAUACUUGAUCAUCAUAUUUCCCCGCUGCAAGCACAGGGAGUCAAACUGGAUUUCGUCGAGUCCGAAAGUGCUCAUGAUGACAUACUAUUUCCAUAUCAGGACACAGAGCGAGCUAAAGAGACUGAUCAACAUGCCAGCCAGGCACGAUAG